AUGAGCGUGAUGGCGGGGGCAGCCAGGGCGCAGCGCCCCAUCUCGGCGACCCCGGGCUCCCGAGGCACGUCGCGUCUUCGCCAGCGCCAGGCCGCGGGCCUCCAGGGCCUGACGGCGCAUCCGGGACACAGCGAUGCGCAGAAGCGGGUCAUGGACCUGGAAAAGAGCCUGGAGUUCCUGCAGCACCAGCACUCGGAGACACUGGUCAAACUCCACGAGGAAAUUGAGCACCUGAAGCGGGAGAACAAGGAUCUCCAUUACAAGCUCAUAAUGAAUCAGAAGCCACAGAAGAAAGGCAGCAUCUCCACUGCCAGUUUCCCUUCCAAUAAGUCAGUGUCCAACACAACAGUGUCAGCCAACUCUCAAGGCAAGUUCAGGCCCCCACCCAGCUCCUUCAAGAAGCAAGAGUCAAAGCCUGAUGGCCUCCAGAAGGUGGACCUGGAAGAGGAGCCUGUUAGCACUGCCUCCCUUCACAGCAGCAAACUGGACAGAGUACCUGGGGUGCAGGGGCAGGCCAGAGAUGAGGAAGUGGAAAUCUCUCACCCAGGGGCCCCCUUAGGGGCAGGCAUCCAGCACAGGGGCAGGCAAGCAACAGGUGCACCCCCCUGGACGAGCCUGCCCCCAUACCUGCGCAAGCCCACCACUCUUCAGCAGUGCGAGGUGGUCAUCCGCCAGCUGUGGAACGCCAACCUCCUGCAGGCCCAAGAGCUCCAGCAUCUCAAGGCCCUCCUGGAGGGGAGCCAGAGGCACAAGGCUGCCCCUGCAGAGGCUGGGCCCAGUCCCCCCAAGGAGCAGGAGGCCAUGCAGCUCCCCAAGGUCUCCAGCAAGAACCUCUCUAAGAAAUGCCUGAUACUGAGCCCCACACCCGUGGCGGAGCGUGCCAUCCUGCCUGCACUGAAACAGACCCUGAAGAGCACCUUUGCCGAGCGGCAGAAGCGGCUGCAGGUGGUGCAGAGCCGGCGCCUACAUCGCUCCGUGUUCUGA